UCAGCAACUUAUAGCAGGACUGCAGCAGGCACUCUAACACUGGGUGGGAACUAACUGCCACUAACAUCCCCAGUGACACUAAUACAGUGAUCAGUGCUAAUAAAAAGCACUGACACUGUGGUAAUGACACUGGGCAGGAAGGGGUUAACAUCUGCACCGUUCAAAGGGUUAACAGUGUGUUGUGUGCUGUUUUACGUGAUGUUCUGUGUGUGUUUUACUACAGAGACAUGCUGCGAGAAAUACACAGCAUCAUGUUUUUGCUGGCAGGAGAAAAACUUGUAUUGUUUACACACAGGUCUCUCCCCUGUCAGCUUUGCCCGAUGAUCACCGGGUGAAGGUGGGUAAUCUCUGGCCGGGACCUGGUGAUUGACAUCCCUAGCCACCAAUGGUGGC